UCGAGCACGUGUCCAUGCUGGUGAUCCUGCUCAACUGUGUGACCCUGGGGAUGUUCCAGCCCUGUGAAGACGUCCUCUGCCAGUCCGAGUGGUGCCGCAUCCUCCAGGUGUUGGACGACUGCAUCUUCGCUUUCUUUGCCGUGGAGAUGGUCAUCAAGAUGGUGGCACUGGGAAUCUUCGGCCCCAACUGUUACCUCGGUGACAAGUGGAACCAGCUUGACUUCGUCAUUGUCAUGGCAGGGGUGCUGGAGUACUCUCUGGAUGGUCACAACGCCAGUCUGUCAGCCAUCCGUACCGUCCGGGUGCUCAGGCCACUGCGGGCGAUCAACAGAGUUCCAAGUAUGCGGAUCCUGGUGACGCUGCUGCUGGACACUCUGCCCAUGUUAGGAAACGUCCUCCUCCUCUGCUUCUUUGUCUUUUUCAUCUUCGGCAUCGUGGGAGUCCAGCUGUGGGCGGGGCUUCUGCGCAACCGCUGCUUCCUGGGAGAGGAUGUCAAAACAAUGUUCAACAAGUCCCUGGAUCCCUACUACAUGUCUGAGGAGGGCGAGGAGAGCCCGUUCAUCUGCUCGGCGCCGCGCGAGAACGGCAUGCUGCGCUGCCAUGACCUGCCGCCCUACAUCGAGGAAAAGAUGGAGUGCUCACUGGAGGCGCCGCAUCAGAGCUCAAACGACUGCAUCAACUGGAACCGGUACUAUAAUGUGUGUCGACCCGGGAACUUCAACCCUCACAAAGGAUCGGUGAACUUCGACAACAUCGGCUACGCCUGGAUAGCCAUAUUCCAGGUCAUCACACUGGAAGGAUGGGUCGAUAUCAUGUACUAUGUCAUGGACGCACACUCCUUCUACAAUUUUAUAUAUUUUAUACUGCUCAUUAUUGUGGGCUCUUUCUUCAUGAUCAACUUGUGCCUCGUGGUCAUCGCCACCCAGUUCUCUGAGACCAAGCAGAGGGAGAACGCCCUGAUGAGGGAACAGCGUGCACGCUACAUGUCCAACGACUCCACGCUCGCCAGCUACAGCGAGCCCGGCUCGUGCUACGAGGAGAUGCUACGCUACAUCAGCCACCUGUAUCGCAAGUUCUCACGCAGGCUGCAGAGGAUAUACUCCGGAUGGCACAGUAAACGGCGUAAAAAGGUGAACCCUAAUGGAAGCGGUGGCGGCAGUAACGGCGGGGGUAACGGACACGGCCACGGUUCCAGCAGGGGGUGCGGCGGAUCGGGCCCCAACAGCGCCUUGUGGCUCAGGCCGAUCCAUAACCUCCUGCAGCACCAUCAGCACCAGCACUGUCGCCUCAGCAACGGUGGGCAUCACACCAUCAGCGUGGGAACCGCCGAGCACACGGACAGAGAGGGAGGAGGGGAGGAGCUGGAGAUGAAGUCACUUCCUGUGCGGAGAGGAAGUACAAAUGAAAACAACAGCAGCGGUGGCGGUGCCCGGCCGGCCGUCGCCAGCCCCGGCAUGGGGGUUCUGCUGGGGCGGCUGAAUGGCGGGAUGAACUAUCCCACCAUCCUGCCGUCUUUCGUGUGCAGCUACAGCAGCAAGACGCCGCCGCCUCACUCCCAGCAGUGCAGGCCGGGCCCAGAGCAGCACCCGACCAAUCACCCGGCGUCUGAACACACGGAGACGCUGAACAAGCUCUACAAGCUCAUGGGACAACACAGUCGCCAGAGGCUGUUGUACCAGCUGGCGGGCGUGGUGCCCAGCCCUCUGCUCCUGGAGCUGCUCAGCUGCCCGUUGUGUGCCCGCAGCCUGGAGACCUUAGAGCUGGAGCUGGGAGACCUGGAGGGAGGAAGAGGAGAGGCGGACGGACUGCACGACUUCCCCCAGGGUGGAGACCUGAGAGGUGGCAGAGGUCGCAGCAGACGGCGGGGGGUGGUGGAGUACAAGAACGGAGCGGUCCGGGCCUGGGUGAACUUCAGGGAGAAACUGAAGAGGAUCGUGGAGAGUAAAUACUUCAAUCGGGGGAUCAUGAUCGCCAUCCUCGUCAACACCCUCAGCAUGGGGAUAGAGUACCACGAGCAGCCCGAGCAGCUGACUGAUGUGUUGGAGAUCAGUAACAUCGUCUUCACCAGUAUGUUCGUCUUGGAGAUGUUCUUCAUGCUGCUGGCGUUUGGCUUGUUCGGAUACAUCAGGAACCCGUACAACAUCUUCGAUAGCAUCAUCGUUAUCAUCAGCGUGUGGGAGAUCAUUGGCCAGUCGGACGGCGGGCUGUCCGUCCUGCGAACGUUUCGUCUGCUGCGGGUCCUGAAGCUGGUUCGAUUCCUGCCCGCCCUGAGGAGGCAACUGGUGGUGCUGAUGAAGACCAUGGACAACGUGGCCACCUUCUGCAUGCUGCUGAUGCUUUUCAUCUUCACAUUCAGUAUCCUGGGUAUGCAUCUGUUCGGCUGCAAAUUCAGUCACAAAACGGAAGAUGACGACACAAUCCCUGACCGCAAGAACUUUGACUCUCUACUUUGGGCCAUUGUCACGGUGUUCCAGAUUCUGACCCAGGAGGACUGGAACGUGGUGUUGUAUAACGGCAUGGCCUCUACCUCUCCGUGGGCGGCCCUCUACUUUGUCGCUCUCAUGACAUUUGGCAACUACGUGCUCUUCAACUUGCUGGUGGCCAUCUUGGUCGAGGGCUUCCAGGCCGAGGGUGACGCCAACAGGUCCGAUUCAGACGAUGAGAAGAAAUCGGACAACUUUGAGGAGGACGAGAAGGUGGAGCAGCUCAGAGACACCGAACUGAAGAUGUACUCCCUGAUGAUGACAGCUAACGGUCAUGUGGACCCUCGCGGCUCCAUGGCUCCUCCUAUAAUAAUGCGAACGGCAGCCACACCCAUGCCCACCCCGAAGAGCUCCCUGGGACCAGAAUCCAUCCUCGGGGACGAGCUCGUGGGGACGCCUCGACACGGCGAGGUGGGACUGGGGCUCUCGGAGACGGGAGCUGGUCACUCAGAAUCCCGCCGUGGGAGCGCCACCUCAAUUGACCCAUUGGCCUAUGACCAGCAUUCUCUGAGCCUCUCAAGUCCCGGACGCCGCUCCCCUCUCCCGCCCCGCUCCUGGGGAAGCCGGCGCUCCAGCUGGAACAGCCUGGGAAGGGCGCCGAGCCUCAAGAGGCGAGACACCAGCGGAGAGAGGGAGAGCCUUCUAUCCGGUGAGGGAGGAGAGGAGGAAGAUGGCUGCGAAGGCAAGGGGGAGGCCGGGGUAAACAACCGAUUCCGGCCGGGCUCCUUGGAGCUGCUGCAGGCGUCUACUCUCCUGCCUUCCAUCAUAGCGGAGUACGGGGACUGCAACGGCAGGACCCUGACUUACGACCCCAACGUGAACUCCAGCGCCAAGGACGACUCCUCGCCCGAAGAGGAUCUGGACGAUGACAGCUCUCUGUACUUCUGGAUCAAGAAGAAGCUCGUUGACAUGAAGCCCCGCUGGUGCAAAGAGCACGAGGACUGGGCGCUCUACCUGUUCUCUCCAGAGAGCCUAUUGCGUGUUUGGUGCCAAAGUGUGAUCUCUCACAAAAUAUUCGACCAUGUGGUUCUGGUUUUCAUCUUCCUCAACUGCAUCACCAUUGCUCUGGAAAGACCUGCAAUAGACAUGGGUAGCACGGAGCGAGUCUUUCUGAGCGUGUCCAACUACGUCUUCACUGUGAUCUUCUUGGCUGAAAUGGCCGUAAAGGUUGUAGCUCUGGGCUUCUGGAAUGUUCUGGACGGUUUGUUGGUGUUUGUGUCUCUGGUCGACAUUCUGGUCUCUGUGGCCUUCAAUGGUGGAAACAAAAUCCUGGGCAUCCUCCGAGUUCUACGUCUGCUGCGAACUCUACGUCCACUCAGGGUAAUCAGUCGAGCCCCGGGACUGAAGCUGGUAGUGGAGACUCUCAUCACCUCUCUCAGACCCAUCGGGAACAUUGUCCUCAUCUGCUGCGCCUUCUUCAUUGUCUUCGGCAUCUUGGGGGUUCAGCUGUUCAAGGGGAAGUUCUACAUCUGCGAAGGUCUGGACACAAAGAACGUCACCAACAAGUCGGACUGUGUGCCGCCGAAUUUACGCUGGAUACGAAGGAAGUACAACUUUGACAACCUGAUCCAGGCCCUGAUGUCGUUGUUUGUUCUGUCGUGUAAGGACGGCUGGGUCAACAUCAUGUAUGACGGGCUGGAUGCGGUGGGUGUGGACCAACAGCCUGUGAGAAACCACAACCCCUGGAUGCUGCUCUACUUCAUCUCCUUCCUGCUCAUCGUCAGCUUCUUCGUCCUCAACAUGUUCGUCGGCGUCGUGGUGGAGAACUUCCACAAGUGCCGGCAGGACCAGGAGGAGGAGGAGACCCGCCUGCGGGAGGAGAAGAGGCUGAAGAUGAUAGAGAAAAAGCGCAGGAAGGCCAAGCAGAGGCCUUAUUACGCAGACUACUCCCCCGUGCGUCUGUCCAUCCACACACUGUGUACCAGCCACUACCUGGACCUCUUCAUCACCUUCAUCAUCUGCAUCAACGUCUUCACCAUGAGCAUCGAGCACUACAAUCAACCGCAGUAUUUGGAGGAUAUCCUGAAGUACUGCAACUACGUGUUCACGGUCAUCUUCGUCAUCGAGACCCUGCUCAAACUUGUGGCGUUUGGGAUACACCGGUUCUUCAAAGACAGGUGGAAUCAGCUGGAUAUAGCUAUCGUGGCGUUGUCCAUCAUGGGCAUCACCCUGGAGGAGCUGAAAAUGAACGCAGCGCUGCCCAUUAACCCGACGAUCAUCAGAAUCAUGAGAGUGCUCAGGAUAGCAAGAGUGCUGAAACUUCUGAAAAUGGCCAAAGGGAUGAGAGCUCUGCUGGACACGGUCAUGCAAGCGCUGCCACAGGUGGGAAACCUCGGCCUCCUCUUCAUGCUGCUCUUCUUCAUCUACGCUGCGCUGGGAGUGGAGCUCUUUGGCAGACUGAAAUGCAGCGACGAGAACCCGUGCGAGGGCCUGAGUCGUCACGCAACUUUUGAAAAUUUCGGGAUGGCCUUCCUCACACUGUUCCGUGUGUCCACUGGAGACAACUGGAAUGGGAUUAUGAAAGACACACUAAGGGAGUGUCAUAAAAGUGACAAGUUCUGUCUCCCCUACCUGCCCUUGGUCUCUCCCAUUUACUUUGUCACCUUCGUGCUCAUGGCCCAGUUCGUCCUGGUCAACGUGGUGGUGGCUGUCUUGAUGAAGCAUCUCGAGGAAAGCAACAAGGAGGCUAAAGAGGAUGCAGAGAUGGACGCAGAGAUCGCCCUGGAAAUGGCGAUGGAGAGGCAACGCAAGCAAAGCACAACAUCCCACGGCAGCUCGGUGGAAGGAGCCUACGUUGGGCCGUGUCCUCAGUCACCUGGACAGGAGGAAGAAGUCCAGUGUGAAGACCCAGGCCUGCUGUCGUCAAGGAAGAUGUCUGUAUCCAGGAUGCACUCCCUGCCCAACGACAGCUACAUGUUCCGGCCCGUGCGGCCCGCCAGCGCCCCCUAUCCUUUGGAGGAGGUGGAUCUCAGUCCCCAGCACCAGCAUUCAGGCUCAGUGACGUCGGUGCACUCGCAGCCGUGUGAGAGUCGCGCUCUGCUGCAGGUUCCGGACGUUUCCCCCGUUCACCCCCGGUCGCCUCCCGCCCUCCCCCUGCCCCGCAUCGCCCCGCCCACACCCAGCCUGUCUCCCCGCGCCCUGCGCAGACAGGUGGCAGUUAAAGUGGACUCGGUGGAGUCGCAGGGUUGCGAACAACAGGAGAGGCCAAACCCCGUCCACCGUCCUCCCCCGUCCCCUUCUCCCCUCUCUCCUCAUGCCUCCUCCCCAUCUCCCCUCCCUCCGCCUCCUCCUCCUCCCUCCUCUCCCUCAGCCCUCCCCCUCCCACCCAGCCCGGCCUCUGCCUACCCGCUUCCUCCUGCGUCUCCCUCUCCCCUUCCUCCUCACCUGUCUUGCCCCUCUCCCCUUCCUCCUCCGCCAUCUUCUCCCGCACUUCUCCUCCCCCCUCCUCCCUCUCCACGCCUCCCGCGGCGCCCCGCAAGCCUCCGGAGACCCCGACCCCCCUCCGCCGCCUCCCUCUGCGACCCGACCGACGAGGAGGUGUAUCACAUCACCAGCCGCAGGUGGAGGGAUGAGGAGAGCAGAGGGAAGGUCGGCCGCAGCCACUCCCUCUCCCCUUACACCUCUCCACACUCUCUUGAGUCCUCGCCGCUUCCUCCCCCGCUUCCGCCCUCCUCCUCAAAGAGCACGCUCAGUCUGCUUCAGGAGGGGUUGAAGGACCGUGACUUCAGGAAGGGCCUGAGCAUCGACCACCAGGCCUUCCUGGACAAGCCGUCAUCACUGGCCGUUGGUUAUCCCGACGACCACCGCCGCCAUUCCAUCGAGGUCUGCCUCCCACAGGCCGUCAUCCCCGACAACCGACAACCCUUCGCACAAGAGGCCCACCGCUCGGAGAAGGGUGGCCAGGCAUUCCCUGUCAGGGUGCAGUCAGUCGGGGGGGGGCACAGAAAGAAGAAGAUGAGUCCUCCCUGCAUAUCCAUCCACCCGCCCUCAGAGAAGGAACCCCCCCAAACCUCCUCGCCCCCAAAACUUGCAGACUGCAGCAUGAUGCUGAGGCGCAGGACCCCCUCCUACGAUUUGACGCCACACUCGCAGGCGUCCUCCCCGAUGCACACGGCGCUCACACCCAUCCACAAACCUCUGCAAGCACACUCGCCCACUCACACACUGACACUCUCGCGGGGGUCAACUCCGACACACACUCAGUCACACACUCCCCCGCACCCGUCCACGCCCACACACCCGCACAUCCCCAUCAGUCCAAACAUCUUCAUCCAGCCUCACGCACCUCUCGGCCCGAACUCCUUCUCACAGUCACGCUCCCACUCCCCGGCGGCGAGGCACUCGUCCCUCACGGGGGACUGCAUCCCCCUCCCCCAGUUCACCUUCGACCAGCCACAGUCCAGAUACAUGAGCGGCCUAUCACCUGGCCUGUCAGACGCCGACACGGCCACCUGCUCCUCCCCUUUCGACAACAGACUGGGAAGUGCUGCGGGAUUCAGUGCAAAGAACCGGAGGACCGCCCAGUGAGCGUCGAGCGCUGCCUUCAGGAAGUCGUUUCUUUGGUCCCAAAGUCUCUGGAGCUGGAUUAGUGCGGCCUCGGCUGACCUCAGCACAGAUUGGAUGCUACGGGGAGAAUGAGAGGAAGAAGAUAUCCUGGGAGAGGGAUGUUUUUUUUUUGUUUUCAUUUUGCUGAAUACUGAAAAGACAUUGAUUUGUCUUUCCAGAGAGAUGCUGGAACAGUCCUUUCCUUGGAUGAUAUACAGUGGAUCUAUUAUCCUGAACCCAGUGCGAAGGACAGCAGCUCCACCGAGGCUGAGCCAGUGUAACAGAACCCCCUGUACGUGGUGUGUUCGGACUAAAACUAAAAACACGCCAGGACUAAAGCCACCUAACUCCGUAGCCAAAGUUUUUUUGUUGUGACACACUGUCCCUUCCCAUGCAAGCCAAUCAGGAAGCAGCGUCUGGCUGAUAACCUCUGACCUUUUACGGGAAGCGGGUUUGUGAAAUGCGAGCACUGGGGGAAAUUGUGGGAUAUGCAACUUCAGGUUUUCUACAGAAGUUCUACUUGCCCCUCCUCUGCUCCUCGAUCACAUUGAUCAGAGCAGAAGUAUGUGUGUGUGUGUGUGUGUGUGUGUCUUUGUGUGUUGAGUGAGGGAGCGAGUGUGCGUUUUACUGUUCGACCUGUUUUCAUUGAAGUCGGCCAUGUUAGUCUUACGCCUGCAACGACAGAGGAGGGGGAGCAGGGCAGAGCUGUAGUGUUUGUGUAUCUGUGCAGUGUAAAUAAAGGAAAAUACUGUAUUUGGUGAGAUUAAAAAUAGCUCUAUCCAUAUGCACAUAUUUUUAUAGAAAUCUAAAAUGUUUUUGCACACAAAAUUUAAAUUUCAAGUUGCUUGUUUUCCCUCUGUUGUCCUCUUGUGAAUGUAUGUUUCUUUUCAAAGCGGAGAGCAGGGCAGUGAGAGGGAAUCGAACCCUCCUCUCGGCAGACGGGCUGCGGCGGAGGAGUGGGAUUUUAAUUUUUUCUAUUUUGAAAAAGAGAAAGAAGAGAGAGAACAGGGGGUGUGAUGUGUUUCUGUAGCUUGGUCUCAGAUCUCUAUGUGUCCGGUGUCUAAAUAACAGUCUAAAGACGGGGGCUCAGUGAUGCGUCCCAAAUCGAAUCCAACACGUUCCUCCACCUGGACUCUGCAGCGAGUUCAAUCUGUCCCUCCACGGAUUGAAAUCUCCUAAAUGACAUUCGGAAUUGUAUCAUUUCUAUUGGACCGGAUGAAUACAGGUGAAGGGAAAUCCAGUGUCAAUCUCAUGACGCAGGCAUCACGGAGCAUCUCCUCUUCAACUGUUCUCAAGCUGAAUCAGCUCCGACACCACUCAGUGUUUCUGUGCAUCUAAAGACAACCAAACUUACUAAGUAUGUGUAGCCAGAGUGCAAUAAUAAUAUAUACCUGUGGUAAAUAUAGUGACCUCGACGCUAUAUACAACAGCCACACUCGUGUUCGUACAUACUGUAGAACUACUAUAUAUGAUAUAAACCCGUUUUAUAUGACGAUUAAGAGUGUUUCUAUCUCUAGUGUUCAUGCUACUAUAGGUUUCCUGCUCCCUGGGUGUGGCGGUGGCAGCGGUGGAAGCUCACGCCCACCUGCAGUGUGACAUGCUUCCCUGCUGAGGACUCAAUAACACACUCAUUACUGUUUUAUUUUUAAUCCACCCUGACUAUGAAACACAACAACACAAUCAAGACUUCACGUUUGUUUAAAGGUUCAAUGUGAAAGAUUCAGGUGAAAGGGCAGAAACUAAAUAUAAAAUAAUAUAUGUGUUUCAUUUAAAAUAUACAAAUUGUUGUUUUCUUCAGCCUAGAAUGAGCCUUUAUAUAUUUAAAUACUUUAUAUUAACAUCAUGAGCAGGUCCUCUCUACUGAGACCGCCCUGUUUUUUUACAGUAGCCCAAAGUGGACAAACUAAACACUGUUUGAGUUUUUAUGUCUUCAGGUUCUCUCUCAUGUUUGGAAGGAUAGGGUGAAGUGAGGGGUAUUCAGCUGCUACAUGCAACUUCACCACUAGAUGUCACUAGAUCCUACACACCGUACCUUUAAAUCCAUAAGAGUCCUGCUGAAUAAACCCACAGAUGAAAGCAUGCACCCCCUGCAGGUGUGAAUGACAAAGUAUGGCGAGCAUGUUCCUUCCAGUGGCUGAAUGUUCACCUAUGAAGCCAGACUGGUGUUCAGCCACAGCACAAUAUGUCUUUCUGUUUCGUGCACAAUCUGGUUUGUCACUGGCCCACGAGCAGCAUGCGUGUGAGCUGCUGGUUCCAAUCCCUGACCUUCAAAGGCAGCUGGCUGGGUCGACGUCUUCGUGUUUAGUUCUGUUGUCUGAUCAGCAUGUCACCUGCACACGUCCUCGGUGAUCUGAGUGAAACCAAAGUGCUUUGAUGCUGUGAGAUUAUCACCUCAGGCUCUGGUUGUUGGUUUUCUUUUCACAUUUGUGCAAAUUGAAAAUGAUGCAUCUUUAUAGAUUUCACCAACCAAACCGACCACAUUCAAAGCAUAUACACUUUUUCCUCUUAAAUCCAACUAAACUGCCCUUAAGGGUCUAUUAAUAAGCUCCAAAUUUAAUAUAUUAUUAUCAUGAGAAUCUCGUUCAUUAGCUUCACAUCUCUCCAGCGGUAUGCAUGUAACUGUUGAGUUAAAACAGGAGGAGAAAAGCAAGAGAAAAGAAGGAAACUACUGUAUUUUCGGUUCAUUUUGCAACACGUCCACAGCUUUGACCCGAUUGGUUGGUCAACAUUCAGCAGUGCUGUGCUGCAGCUGGAUGUUCAGGUCGAGGGUUCAGAUGGAGUUAGAUAAAUGUCGGCGUCUCGCAAAGACAGAUUUAAAAGCUCUCGGACAGUGAGGUCACAAAUUGACCGAAUCACUGCAGCAGCAUCUGAUGUUGGAUUGUGAGAUGUUGUUCUCCGUCAUGAAAGUGGCACAGUUCCUCAUUCUCCCUGGUUCUAGAAUCCUUUUUUUGAAAUACAGUUUGUGCGUGAACACUGUCAUCGUGCAACAUGUCCUGUUUCAUGUCCUCUUCCUGCACAGGCUGUCAGCGACGGGAGGUUUUUGAGAGCAGUCUGUCUCCUUCUUAUUUGCGCAGACGACACCGGUCUCCAGCAGGUUGCCAUAAUAAUCAGUACAGUUUGGUAGGGUGACUGCAUAAUUGUUCUUACGAUUUACAGAUCUCUGGAUCUCAGUAUUUAAAUCCUGUUUUUUGAGGAAACAGUUUUGACUGUUUGCAUGUUUCCGAUUUAAGAUAUGAAAAAAAAAAAAAAACUUUGGGGAAAAGAAUCAUCUGGAUGUUUUAGAGAUUUUGAUAUAUGCAUUUUCAGAUGUUUCCAUUUGUAGAUUGACUACCUAAUUGCACUGGGCUCUGAUUAAUCGGUAUCUGUGAAAAUACUGAUGAAAUGACCCUCUUCUUUACCGGGUGGUUAUUUGCUGUAAGAGGACUGAGCUUCUCUUUACACAGUUUUCUAGACAGACAUGGAAACCAAACUGGUUCUCUCUUGCUUGGAACCGGUGAUAUUUAACGUUGAGGUGAACCUUUUCUUCACACAAUCAUGGUAGAACUCUGGUGAUGGUGAAACUAAUUAACUGAUGUGUAUUUUCCGUAGGAGUAGCCUUGACCCUGACGCUCUGUAACAGACAGAUCAGGUUUAGUAAUAAGAUGUAUUUUACUUGCUGGUCCGGCCACAGCAGCAGAUCCAGAUGUUCAAGCUGUGACACAACUUGAUUUUGAUGAAUCAGACGCCUUCUCUUUUCUUUCUUUCUUUCUUUUUUUAUUUUAUGUUUUAACAACCGUACGGUGAUUGGCUCAAGCCCCAAAAGACCCCCCUUAAGCCUUACAAGGAGGGGAGGAGGUGUGUUCUGUUUGUUGGAGAAGAACCAAUGUGUCUGCAAUAAAAAGCCCUCCGUUCGUCCCCGUCCCUGCGGGAGAGGGGGCGGGGACAGGGGAAGUGUUUAAAGGCUCGACACGCAGUCGGACUCUCUUCAUUGUGUAUCGUCGCUGAUUAUUGUGUGAUGACCAACCGUUGUCCUGAAGGAUGUUUCCCUGUCAAUUAAAAAAAUACAAGA